GGACAACUCAAUGGAGUACAAUCACAUCCACGUCCACAACGGCUCCCUCCUGGCUCACCACAAGUAUGGCUGUGGCUUGGGAUAUGUACCUGUCAUCUACUACAGCUUGCUGCUCUGCCUCGGGCUGCCAGCAAACAUCCUGACAGUCAUUAUCCUAUCGCAGCUGGUGGUUCGCAGGCAGAAGUCCUCGUACAACUAUCUUUUAGCACUAGCUGCUGCUGACAUACUGGUACUUUUUUUUAUUGUCUUUGUUGACUUUUUGCUGGAGGACUUCAUCUUGAAUAAGCAGAUGCCUCAGAUACUUGACAAAAUAAUUGAGGUAUUGGAAUUUUCUUCCAUACAUACGUCCAUUUGGAUUACCGUGCCAUUAACAAUUGAUAGGUACAUAGCAGUAUGUCAUCCGCUUAAAUAUCACACAGUUUCCUAUCCAGCUCGUACUCGAAAAGUCAUUGUGUGUGUUUAUAUCACCUGCUUUUUGACCAGCAUCCCCUAUUACUGGUGGCCCAAUAUUUGGAUUGAAGACUACAUAAGCACAUCUAUACAUCAUGUCCUUAUCUGGAUCCACUGUUUUACUGUUUACUUGGUACCAUGUUCCAUUUUCUUCAUUCUGAAUUCAAUCAUUGUGUACAAGCUCAGACGAAAAUGCAAUUUCCGACUGAGAGGAUAUUCCACAGGGAAAACGACAGCCAUUUUGUUUACUAUAACUUCUAUUUUUGCCAUACUUUGGGCACCAAGAAUAAUCAUGAUACUGUAUCACCUCUAUGUAUCACCUUUAAACAACACUUGGUUGGUACAUAUCGUGUCGGAUAUUGCCAAUAUGCUAGCACUGUUGAACACUGCAAUUAAUUUCUUCCUCUACUGUUUCAUUAGCAAGAGAUUUCGCACAAUGGCAGCUGCGACACUAAAGGCUUUCUUUAGGUGCCAGAAACAACCAGUUCAGUUCUAUACAAACCAUAACUUUUCAAUAACUAGCAGCCCUUGGAUUUCCCCUGCCAAUUCUCACUGCAUCAAAAUGCUUGUUUACCAGUAUGAUAAAAAUGGAAAACCUAUAAAAAUAUCACCAUGAAAGGAGGAUUGUUAGUGUCUCUGGAUGCAUCUUCUUUUCAAGCGGUUACAUCUCCAGAAUGUAAACUGCUGACGUGGCUAUUUUUAAAAGUGGUCAGCUGAUUUCAUUUCCCUGACAGACUAAAGGUAGAUCAGACUGUUAGCAGAGAAUGGGAGUACUUCAUUUUGAGAGUCGGAAUAAGAAGGCAAAAUGCCUCUUUCCUGUUACAUAGCAUUUUGAAUAUGCUUUGGAGUACAAAUCUUUAUGUUCAAUUGCUAUCAUGUGUCCACGUGCAAGCAUUGGUGCAGUACAGUUGUUGGGGGAAAAGCCACGCCGAAGGUGUUUAAUUGCAACCAUAAAAGAACUUCUGUGACCAUCUAGUUGUCUUCACUAUUGACAAAGUGAAUGCUUUAUGUACUGUGGAAGGUAUCAUUUGCACUGCGUGCGCUUGCCUAAAACGAUGUGUCAUUUCUAACAUGAAAUAUCGCUACACGCAGUCCCUGCUAUUGAGGACUUUCUGCAGUGAGCAAUCUGUAAGACAUUUGAACUGUGACACGCCCUUCCAGGCUCACUUGAACUCCAGGCUUCAACUCAAGGCUCAAGGAUGGAUAUUUCACCUGUUAUAGCCUUGGCAUGAAAAGCAAUCCUGCUAUCUGCCAAUAUUUAUAUGCUUUAAGUUGUUUUAUCUAAGACCGAGGCCAGAGGGGAGGGGUUGGAAGGGAGGGGGAAAGAGGUUUCUUCAGCCAAGAACAAAAGUAGAAUAUUUCUCCAGUGACUUUAAUUAGACUCUCCAAAGGCUCAUAAGUUUGGGGCCCAAUCCUGCAAGGUACAGCGAUCCCAUGGGGCCCAAUUCUGUGAGGUGCUGCAUGUGCACUGACCAACGUUUUGAGAUUAAUUUCAGAGAGAUUUGGGUUGGGAGGCCCUCAGGUGUGUGAGCCUGCUCUGCAGUUACCCCAGAGUGUCAACUCCUGUCUCCUGGGGCUGACCUGGCUCCUGGAGUCCCAGCUCCUACCCGUUGGCUCUCUAGCCCUAACAUGUAGAUGGGGUCCUCCUCUUGUGAUGUUGCACACACACACACACACACACACACAUGGCCCUUGCACUGCUGGAUUGCCAGCCCCAACGUCCCGCUCCUACACUGCAGGAGAUAACACCAUGAAAUCAGGAGCUGGAAUUUUUGGUUAUAAAUGGGAGUCUCCCUGACGUGCUAGGAGACUUAGUGAGUCUGGCUAUGCGUUUAAUGCGAAAUAUGGACGCCACAACUCCCUUUGGAGCCAAUGAAACUACUCAGCACCCCACAUGACUGGGUCUUUAGAAAUUAUACAUACAAAAAUUAAAUAUUAGAACCUGUUUGGGCUAUGCUAUCACAGAUUUAUCAUUUAGUUGUUUAGUUUAAUAGUCAAAAAUCUGUGUGUGGAUUCAACAUAUUAAAGACUCCACAACAGUAAAAACAAAGACUACCCAAAAUACCUGGACAGUGAAUUUUAAGGUACUUUAACUAGGAUAAAUAUUUAAAUUCUCUUCCUCCACACCCAUAAGAAGCAUAUCAGCAACAGUGGUAGAAGACACAGGAAGAAGAUAGCUACAUCAGGCUACUGAGAGGCAUUUCAUUUGCUAUUAUCCCUCUUUGUUGUUGGUAUGUGGUCUCACGAAGCAUGCAUCAUAACACGUAAAUUACUUGUGGAGCACUUAACACAGGCCUUAAUAAAGAGUGUAAGAUUAUGUUUCCUUGCCUGGUAAACACGGGCACAGCUUUGUCAGUGAGCAUAGGGGCUUCUCAACUGAUAACUGCAAAAAAGAGAGAAGCUCAGGGUUUGCAAGGUGUCAGUGUAUGUGCCUCAUUGUGAGCAGGAAGCUCACAAAAGACCCAAUGCUGUGACAUCCUGAGAUCCUCCUAGAGGGGGAAUAGAGGGCACUCAGCACCUCCUAGAACUAGGCUCAAUAAAAAUCUGUAGAUAUUGAACAGUCUGCCAUACUUUGAGGUCUUACUAUGUUUUAAGAAAUGCUGAGUACCCAUGAGUCCCAAGGGCAUGAUUCCCCACUGCCUUGCUCCUCGUGUAGCCAUUUACUCCUGUGUAAAGUGAGUGCAAAGUAGAUGUAUACAGCAACCAAAUAAGAAUGCACUGUGCACAGGCAUAAAUGACAGCACAAGGCACAUGAGAGAUCAGGUGGGUGAGGUCACAUAUUUUAUUGGACCAACAUCUGUUGGUGAGAGAGACAAGUUUUUGAGCACACAAGGUACAAAGCAGUAAAGGAUGAAAUCCAAUCUAUCUGGUCCGACAGAUCUUUACUUACAUGGGAGUAGGGCUUAUUUGGGAAAGAAUGAGACUACUCAAGCAAGUAAGGAUUUGUAGAAUUGGGUCCCUUAUGGUCAGAUCCUCAGCUCCACUGACUUCAGUGUGAGUCCAGGUUGCUCAGUACUAAAACCUACCUUGUGAUCUUUUCACACUAAUCUUGACAAAACAUGAUGUAUGCAAAACAGUAAUUGCAAUAAUAAAGCAUAAGGAAACGCUAGGCCUCUAAAUGUGUCAUUUUCGACAACUAAAUAAGGGUAAAAUUAUUAGCUUCUUUACUACUGAUUUACUUAUUUAUUUAUUAGUCUUUGUCCUUUCCCCCUCCAUUCCCCAAGCUCUCUCUUUAUUCUCCUUCUGUGUAAAUUGGUAUUAACCAAAGUUUACCUUUUUAAAAAAGGUACUAGCUAUUUAAUUUUGGGAAAGACACUGUAUUGAUCUCUUUUUUAUUUUAAAUUUGUUAUGAAGAAUGCUAGUCUGAGUUACAUGUGAAUAAGUCAAAGUGCAAUAUACCUAUAUAGAGUAAGCUGUUCAUUUUUGAGAACGUAUCUAAUAUUGAAAACAAAAUGUAUUUAUAUGAACAUUUCACUAUUCUACUUAAUAUAUUAAUAACCUUACAUAAGUAACUGAAUGUUUAGGUUUUUUAAAAAAAUGCAUAUAUUUCAAUUCAGUAUAUGGAAUAAUCUGCCAUAUACAUUGUGUGAUUUGUUAACUUUUCUUAACAUGAUGUUGGUCCUGCAAACUAGCAGUGUAAUCUCUCUUUUUUUUCCUACUUAUAUUUUUAAUUUUAAUAAAUGGCCAUAUUUAAAAUUUUAAAACUCUUAGUGUGAAGAUGUCAUUUCUGAACUAAAGAUAUUCCACCAGGUUACUGUAAUCUUCUUUUAAAAAAAAAACCUCACUACCUUUUUCAUAUCAGUCUUUGAAAUAACAUGGUAUUAUUUUCAUAGGUAUUUAAUCAACCAGUUCAUUUCCAAUGAUUUUGGGGCUUUAAGGGCUUGAUUCAAAGCCCCAUUGAAGUCAACAAAAAACCUCCCACUGGCUUCAAUGGGGUUUUGAUUAGGUCAUAACUUAUUAAUAAUAAACAUUCUGAAGCCUUUUUUGUGGGGGGGGACAGUUUGGGAAAUAAAGCCUUGACUUUUUAGUCCACCAUAUGAGAGCUGCUGUUGAUGAUCCUUGCCUUUUUUGGUUUUGUGAAGCAUCUUGCAAUGACUGUUGUUAACUAGCCAAUGUCUUGCUGUAUUCUUUGUACCUCCUAAUUUUCUUAUAGUAAAAACUUAACCAAGCAUUUGCUGUCUCACUGUUUAGGAAAAUAAAAUAUUCUGGAGACAGAAGUAUCUUGGUUGCAGAGAGGGGAUUUCCUACUUGAUUUAACUUAUAUUUCAAAUACCUACAAUUAGAAAAAAAAGAAAAAAAAAAGCUGU